GCGGAGCCGCCGGCGUAGGGUGGGCCUAGGCGGCCUUUCGGAGCCUCGGGCUGGAGUGAGAGGCCAGUCCGUUUGAGGCGGCGGGGAAUCUGGGGAGGCUCCGCGGCCGGACGCGGCCUUUCUCCGGCUCCAGGACGGGCUAGGAACAGACGGACAUGUCUGCUGAUCCCCGGCCAGGCUGGAGGCCCUGGAGAAGCCGGCCGAAGGAGGAAGAAGAAGAAGACACAGGGCCAAGGACGGGUCCAGGCGCGCAGUUGGGAGAGCCGGGGAAAUAUGCCUACGCAGCUCUCUGUGCGGUUUCCUUGGCCUCGUUGUUUCCAGACCAGGAGGAAAGCGCCUACAGGACGGGAGUGGUGGAGAACCUGGUCAGGUGGCUGGAGCUGUCGGACACCGUGAUGCCAUCCAUGCUGGCCUUUGCCGGAGGUCUGGGGGCUGAAGGGACGGAGACCUUCGCUCGGAUUCUUCUGAGCGAGCCGCUCCUGGCGGAUCAGCCCGGCUCUGUUAUGCGGGACCUGGUCUCCUUUUCUCUCAAGGAUGGGAUUGUGACGGCCCUCACCUGGCCUGCUUCGCUGCUGGCGGUGGCUGGUGUGAUCGACAACCCCUGGGGUGUGUGUCUCCAUCGCUCCACUGAGGUGGGGAAACACUUGGCGCAGAUACUUCUCAGCCGGCGGCAG